AUGUCACGGCCACCAGGAAGAAAGCAGGACAGCCAGAAAAUAAGCAGAGAACUUUUUGUGCUCACGUAUGGGGCUUUGGUAGCCCAGCUAUGUAAGGAUUGAAAAGAUGAAGAUGUCAACACCUGUUUAGACAGAAUGGGAUACGCCAUUGGCAUAAGGCUGAUUGAUGAUUUUUUAGCUCGUUCAGCUGUGAAACGUUGUCGCAGUUAUUCUGAAACCGCAGACAUGAUCGCACAGGUUGCUUUCAAGAUGUACCUUGGGGUCACCCCCAGCGUGAGCUGCAGUAGCGCUGCAGGUAAUGAAUUCUCCUUAAUCCUUGACAAAAACCCAUUGGUGGACUUUGUGGAGGAGCUGCCAGCGGAGCGAGCAUCACUUUGCUAUUGCAACCUUCUCUGUGGGGUGAUUCGAGGUGCCUUGGAAAUGGUUCACUUAGCAGCAGAAGUGACCUUCCUGCAGGACAGGCUGAAGGGUGAUGCCGUGACAGAAAUAGGAAUUACAUUUUUAAGGAAGGCUGAAGACAGAAAGCACAGAAGAAAUAAAUGA